UCAAAUAUAAUGUUAAACAAAAUUAAGUUAUUUAAAAUGAUCAGUAUACUUCAAUUCAUUAACUUUAGAAAUUUUAAGUAAAAAAAAUUAACUAAUUUGAAUGGAUAUUCUUAUUUUAUUAUCAUUUUUUUCUUCUCGAAUAGUUUCUCACUAGAAAAAUGGUGGAGGUUUUGCGGGAUAAAGAGUAUCUCGUCAAAGAAUAUCUUGAAACUCGUGGAUUAUACAGUCAUCAUAUAAACUCGUUUAAUGCAUUUAUCGAUCGUGAUCUUAAGAAAAUAGUCCAACAAAAUUAUGCUGUACGCAGUGAUGCCGAUCCAAAUUUUUAUUUACACUUUAAAAAUGUUACAGUUGGUUAUCCUCAGGUAGAUGACGGCUUUAAUGUCACACGAAAUGUAACACCUCAAGAAUGUCGUCUUAGGGAUCUUACUUAUUGUGCUCCUAUAUAUGUUGACAUUGAAUAUGUCAAAAGUGGUAUGAAAUAUCUACGAAAAGGGUUUAUUAUUGGCAAAUUACCAAUUAUGCUUAGAAGUAAUCGCUGUUGUUUAUAUCAAAAAUCAAAUGCAGAAUUAGCUAAAAUGAAAGAAUGCAUCUAUGACUCUGGUGGUUAUUUUAUUGUUAAAGGAACUGAAAAAGUAAUACUUAUGCAGGAACAACCUGCUAAAAACAAAAUUUUAGUAGAAAAAGAUUCUAAUGGUAUUCCAACAGUACAAGUAAUGAGUAGUACAGUUGAUAAAAAGUCAAAAACAAAUAUUAUUUUUAAAAAAAAUUUGAUUUAUGUUUGCCAUAAUGCUUUAGAAGAAAAUAUACCUUUUGUUGUUUUUAUGAAAGCUUUGGGAGUUUGUUCAGACCAGUUGAUUCAGCAAAUGGUAGGAACAGAGUUUCCUAUUAUGAAUCAAAUGUAUCCAUGUUUUAUAGAAUGUAGUAAAUUGAACAUUUAUACUCAAAAGCAAGCUUUGAGAUAUAUUGGAGAUCGAAUUAAAAAAAUUGGAUUCUCUACUGAAGAAUAUGAUAGCCGUGUUAUUACUGAGGUACAUGAUUUUUUAUCAACUGUAAUUUUAGCUCAUAUACCCGUUACCAACACAAAUUAUCAUAUAAAAGCUAUUUACACAUCAGUAAUGGUGAGGAGAUUAAUAUUUUCUUUAUCUAACCCAGAUUUAUUUGACAGUAAAGAUUAUUAUGGUAAUAAGUGUUUGGAUUUACCAGGAUCAUUUUUGUCUUUACUUUUUGAUGAUACUUUUAAGCGUUUCAUUUUUGAACUUAAAUCUGUUGCUGAUAAAAAUAUUCCUAAAGUUAAAGCUACUCCUUUUGAUAUAAUAAAAUAUAUUAGGACUGAUACAAUAACUAAUUCAUUAGUUUUUGCUAUUCAAACAGGCAACUGGACAAUUAAGCGAUUUCGAAUGGAAAGGCAUGGUGUUACACAAGUUUUAACCAGAUUAUCAUAUCUGUCUGCUAUUGGUAUGAUGACAAGAGUAAAUUCUCAAUUUGAAAAAAGUAGAAAAGUUUCUGGUCCUCGGUCUCUUCAACCAUCACAGUUUGGAAUGUUAUGCCCAUCUGAUACUCCUGAAGGAGAAGCUUGUGGACUUAUUAAAAACAUAUCUCUUUUAGCGCAUGUUACAACUGAAUCUGAAGAUGAUGAUGCUGUUCUAAAACUAUCCCUUAAUUUAGGAGCUGAACCUGUGGGUUUACACUCAAUAGAAGAACUUAAUGAAGAUUACAAGUAUUUAAUUAUAUUUAAUGGUAAUAUCAUAGGAUCUACAAAUAAAUGUAUUGAUUUUGUUAAUAAAUUCAGAUUAUGUAGGCGUAAAGGAUUGUUCAGUAAAUUUAUAUCUAUUUAUAUAUCAGAGAGACACAAAACUAUUUAUAUUAAUUCUGGAGAUGGUAGAUUAUGUAGACCUUACAUUGUUGUUCAAAAUGGACAGCCACUAUUAAAAAAUUCUCAUGUUGAAGACUUAAAAAAAGGUUACUGCACAUUUCAAGACUUCAUAGAUAAAUCAUUGGUAGAGUUUAUUGAUGUUGACGAAGAAAAUAAUUGUCUAAUUGCAUUUAGUGAAGAAAAGAUUAUUCCAGAAACUACACAUAUGGAAAUGGCACCAUUUUCUAUUUUAGGUAUUUGUGCUAGUGUUAUACCUUAUCCUCAUCACAAUCAAUCACCACGAAAUACUUAUCAAUGUGCUAUGGGUAAACAAGCCAUUGGAACUAUAGCUUUAAAUUAUUUACAUAGAAUAGAUACACUUCAGUAUAAUUUGUGGUAUACUCAUGUUCCUAUGGUUCAUUCAAAAGCUGUGCCAAUGAUUAACUUUGACAAACUACCAGCUGGUCAAAAUGCAACUAUUGCUGUUAUGAGUUAUUCUGGCUAUGAUAUUGAGGAUGCAAUAAUACUUAAUAAAGCUAGUGUUGAUAGAGGAUUUGGACGAGGUGGAACAUUUAGAAAUUCAAAAUGUUUUUUAAGACAUUAUCCAAACCAAAUGAUGGAUUCCAUACAAGGACCAAUUAUAGAUAAUACUACAAAAAAACCAAUUUAUAAACAUAGAGCAUUAGAUAAUGAUGGUAUAGCAGCAAUAGGUCAACCAGUUUUUGAUAAACAAGUUACAAUAAAUAAAGCAACUCCAAAAACGGUUACUGUUGAAGAUGUAGGUGGUGAUAGAGGUUUUAAAGAAACACCAAUGUUUUAUAAAGGUUAUGAUCCUUCUUAUGUUGAUAAAGUAAUGAUAACUUCAAAUAGUGACUGUUUUUUGAUAAAAAAAAAUUUUAGGCAACCCAGAAGACCUGAAAUUGGUGACAAGUUUAGUAGUAGACACGGCCAAAAAGGAGUUGUGGGUUUAAUAGUUAAUCAAGAAGAUAUGCCUUUCAAUGAAAUGGGUAUUUGUCCAGAUUUAAUAAUGAAUCCUCAUGGUUUCCCAUCUCGUAUGACAGUAGGUAAAUUAAUUGAAUUGUUGGCUGGCAAAGCUGGACUACUUGAAGGAAAAUUUCAAGAUGGUAGUGCAUUUGGUGGAGCAACUGUAACUGAUGUUAGUAAUGAAUUACAGAAACAUGAUUUCAACUAUUUGGGAAAAGAUGUUCUUUAUUGUGGGAUUGAUGGAAAACCAAUGGAAGCUUACAUUUAUGCAGGACCUGUAUUCUAUCAACGUCUUAAACAUAUGGUUGCUGAUAAAAUACAUGCUAGAUCUAGAGGUCCAAGAGUUUUACUUACAAGACAACCAACUGAAGGUCGAUCUAAAGAUGGUGGCUUACGUAUGGGAGAGAUGGAAAGAGAUUGUUUAAUAGCAUAUGGUGCAAGCAUGUUAAUUAUAGAACGAUUAAUGUUGAGUAGUGAUGUUGUCGAAAUGGAUGUGUGUAAGAUCUGUGGUUUAUUUUCAUAUUCCGGUUGGUGUCAUAUGUGUCAAAAAAGUAAUUCUGUAUGUCGUAUUAAAAUGCCAUAUGCUUGUAAAUUAUUAUUUCAGGAACUUCAAGCUAUGAGUAUUGUGCCUAAAAUAUCAUUGAAGAAAUAUUGUGAUUAAAUAAUUAUUCUUAAAAAUAUAUUGUAAUCAUUAAAGUGUUAUUGUUUUUGUAAAAAUAUAUUGAAAACAUCUAUAUUAUCAAAACAAUGUAAAAUUUUUUAUUUAAUAUAAAUAAAAUUGUAAAAGAUUUUA